CUGCGGGGCACUGCUAGGAGCGUAGCCUGCUGGGUGCCCAGAGAGCCCAAAUUGGGCAAGAGGCGGAGCCUCUGCGCAUGUGCACUGGAAGUGCUUGAGUUUCACUUUGUAACUUUUAAGUAGUCAGGUCAUCUCUGGGCCGGACCAGGUGCAGCUCAGCAACCUCUCGGGGUCGGGGCCAGAGCCGCUGUUACAGAGCAAUCCAUGAAGGCCGAAUGACCUCCAAGACUCUGGUUUUUCAAGACCUGCAGGAAAUGAGCUGUCGCCCUGGCAGAGUCCAUCUUUCAUGAGUGUGGGAAGCUCGGCUGUGGUGAGCCAGAGGCAGGGAACGCGAGUCUCCCUUGGCAAACCCCAAAGGAAGCACCAGCCGAGGCCAUUUCUACAGGCUCCUGAUUCCAGUCUCACAGAAUGAAGGGAACAACAAGUCUCCCAACCCUGAGCCUGUGGCAUUCUGAGGUGAUCAGGAGCAGAGAGAGGUUGGGCCAUAGUGAUAAUAGGCUCAAUGAUACGUAUUGCUACAGCACCGUCAACAACACCAGCACCGUGCUCCAGGGAGUGACCUUUGGUGGAGUUCCUACUGUCCUGCUCAUUGAUGUCAGCUGCUUCUUGUUUUUAAUAGUUGUGUUUUCCAUUAUUCGAAGAAGAUUUUGGGACUAUGGCCGCAUCGCACUGGUGUCAGAAGCAGAGAGAGAGUCCAGAUACCAGAGGCUGUCUUCCUCUUCCUCGGGGCACCAUGACUUUGAAUCAGAUCUGGGGUGUUGUUCAUGGCUAACUGCUGUUUUCCGAAUGCAAGAUGAACAGAUCCAGGAGUGGUGUGGAGAUGAUGCCAUACAUUACCUGUCCUUCCAACGCCAUAUCAUCUUCCUGCUGGUGGUGAUCAGCUUCCUGUCUCUGUGUAUCAUCCUGCCCGUCAAUCUCUCGGGUGAUUUACUGGAUAAAGAUCCUUACAGUUUUGGGAGGACGACAAUAGCAAAUCUGCAGACUGGAAAUAACUUGCUCUGGCUGCACACCAUCUUUGCCGUCAUCUACCUCCUGCUCACCAUUGGCUUCAUGAGGCACCACACCCAGUCUAUCAAGUACAGAAAUGAAAACCUGGUGAGGCGCACUCUGUUUAUUACAGGACUCCCCAAAAACACCAGGAAAGAGACAUUAGAGAACCACUUCAGAGAUGCCUAUCCCACCUGUACUGUAGUGGAGGUCCAACUAUGCUAUGAUGUUGCCAAGCUGAUUUAUCUGUGUAAUGAAAGAAAAAAAACUGAGAAAAGCUUGAACUAUUAUACCAACCUGCAGACCAAGACUGGCGAACGCACAUUCAUCAACCCCAAACCCUGUGGCCAGUUCUGUUUCUGUGAAAUCCACGGGUGCGAGAAGGAAGACGCCAUCAUCUACUACACCCGGAUGAAAGACAAGCUGCUGCAAAGGUUGUCGCAAGAGGAGCGCACGGUUCAAGAUCACCCCUUGGGAAUGGCCUUUGUCACCUUCCAGGAGCAUUCCAUGGCUACCUUCAUCCUCAAGGAUUUCAACGUUUGCAAGUGUCAGGGCUUCAGAUGCAAAGGUGAGCCACAGCCUUCAUCCUACAGCAAAGAACUCUCCCCCUCCAACUGGACUGUCGCCUUUGCAUCCUACCCAGAGAACAUUUGCUGGAAAAAUCUUUCUAUUCAAGGCCUCCGAUGGUGGUUCCAGUGGUUAGGCAUCAAUUUCAUCCUCUCGUUGGUCUUGUUCUUCCUGACCACUCCCUCCAUCAUUCUCUCUACCAUGGACAAGUUCAAUGUCACCAAACCCAUUCAUGCCUUAAAUGACCCAGUAAUCAGUCAGUUCUUCCCAACACUCCUCCUGUGGUCCUUCUCUGCAUUGCUGCCUUCCAUUGUCUACUAUUCCACACUGCUAGAGUCGCACUGGACCAAGUCAGGAGAAAACAGAAUAAUGAUGAUCAAGGUGUACAUUUUCCUGAUCUUCAUGGUGCUUAUCCUCCCGUCUCUGGGCCUUACCAGUCUAGACUUUUUCUUCCGGUGGCUAUUUGACAAAGCUUCCUCUGAGACCUCAAUCAGAUUGGAGUGUGUCUUCCUGCCUGACCAAGGGGCCUUCUUUGUGAACUAUGUCAUCGCCUCAGCCUUCAUCGGCAACGGCAUGGAGCUCCUGAGGCUGCCCGGGCUCAUUCUCUAUACCAUCCGCAUGAUCAUGGCCAAGACAGCCGCUGACCGAAGGAACCUCAAACAGCAUCAGGCAUUUGAGUAUGAGUUUGGAGCUAUGUAUGCAUGGAUGCUAUGUGUUUUCACUGUCAUCAUGGCCUACAGUAUUACCUGCCCCAUCAUUGUCCCUUUUGGCCUUAUCUACAUCCUCCUCAAGCACAUGGUAGAUCGACACAACCUCUACUUUGCCUACCUCCCCACCAAACUGGAAAAGGGGAUCCAUUUUGCUGCCGUGAACCAGGCUCUGGCUGCACCCAUCCUCUGCCUCUUCUGGCUGUACUUUUUCUCCUUCCUGAGGUUAGGUUUCCAGGCACCCACAAGUCUGUUUACCCUGCUGGCCGUGCUGCUCACCAUUGCCGUCUGCAUAGGCUACACCUGCUUUGGCUGCUUCAAGCAUCUCAGCCCCCUGAAUUACAAGACAGAUGAAUCGGCAAACGACAAAGGAAAUGAAACAGACGGACGCCUCCCUCCCAGAGCUGCUAUGUACGUGCCCAGGAUCCUGAGCAGCCUGGCCUCGGAGAGGACUUCCCUGUCCCCACAGGAUCAGCAGACAUAUGGCGCCAUCCAGAACAUCAGUGGGACCCUCCCUGGACAUCACUCUCCAGAGCCUUCAGACUUUGCUCCUUCCUUGGAUGACUGAGCUAACCCAGGAUAAGCAUGUUUGGGUCAGAGCCCUCAGUCUGGCUCUGGGGAGGAGGAGGAGCUGGAUAGAUGACAGCAGCUUGGGUUCCAAGCACCUCAGCUUUCUCCUUUUCUUUUGACCCAUGCUACGCUCCAUUUUCCUAGGACCAGGACAAGCCAGGAUGACUGACAAAGUCAGGGACCUGUUGGAGAGGGUUGUUAAGUCUCCCGACCCAGACUGCUCAGUGGACAUGCACUAGAUGGCCAGGGGGAGGGGCAGCCCCCACUUUCCAGACUCCCGAUAGCCCCUUUGGGGAGGUUCCUCCCCCACCCCAGCUCUGUGCCCUGGCAAUGCUGCCCCUCUGGUGCCAGCACAUACAGCUCACUGUCUGCAAUGAUGUACUUUAAUUAAGGAUUCAUGUUAGUAUUGUGGCCCUGGACAGACAAUCCAGGGGACUGGAGCAGGUACUGGGAAUAAGAGACUGGAGCCAGGGCAGCCCGGAGCAGGUUUCCUCCCUCCUGAGCCUUUGCACCAACGUGUAUAUGCAAGCACACAUCUGUACACCAAAUACACAUACUCCAAUUGUAUGCAAAGAGCCCGCAGAAGCAAGAGUUGCUGGGUAGGUUUCUAGGUCAGAGGAAGGGGACCGCUCUUAGUCCAGUCUUCCCUCUGAACUAUUAUCUCCCCACCUGCCAGGGAGUCCCAGUUUAUUUGGUACCAGGCCCAGUCUGCCAGUAGCUGCCCCAGGGCCAGUGGUAAGAAAGGGGAAGGUGGUUUCAAAGCCCACUUCUUUAGUUCUUGGGUUAAAUACCGACCCCAUCCGCAAUGCCAUCACUCCCUGCCCAAGUUGCUGUAUCGCUUGUAUUCUUGUGCUUUCCUGUUGUUGCUUCCUCAUGUCAGAGACAGUGCCAGCCAGUUCACUCAGGGCAUGUGUCAUGAAAGAAAGACAAUGACACAAGGAUGAAGAUGAUGGUCCCUUAAUAAAGCAUGGAACAGAGAGUGCACAGGUAUCCAGGCCAGGUGAGAUGCUCCUUCUGACUUGAUCCUCUCCCUGCCCUGUGACUGUUCAGAGUGCAAGACCCACUCCUCAAUAUACACCCCCACCUUUGGGCCAAUGGCUGCCUGCCUCUGGCAGCUGCCCUGAUCCCUUUCAUCCUUCUGCCCCUCUUGCUUGCCUCCCCAGCCGGGCCGAGGCUUGACUCAGUGUUAUUGGAAUGAGUGCCUACUCUAGAGCGAGAGGACCUCAGCUUGAACCCAGACCUGUGCGACCUUGAGCAAGUCGCUCUCUUGGCCUCAGUUUCCAUAUCUGUAAAAAAGGAUUUGGGACGAGAUAAGCCCCAUCUGAUUCUAAACCUCUAAAUUACAUGGCCGGAUGCUCGGGUAAAUGAAGAGCAUCUUGCAUCUCUUCCCACCCUUGGUCUCCAAAUAAAUCCUGCCCUUGCCACUACACACAGUCCAACAUCGUGUUAGGCUUCCAUUCCAGGCUCACCUUUGGCUUCUGUCAUCUGACCUUGAUCCAAGGACUGUUAAGCCCUGGACUACCUGGCCCAGACCUGUGAUUUCCCUGGGCUUUUGUGGCUGGGCAGCUGGUUAAGUGAGGAAUCCAUCAACCAAACACCGUUUAUCAAGAGCCUCUUGUGUGCUAGGUGCCGAGUAUGCAGUGGCAAAAAGGAAACCAUUGUUUUGAAUAUUCUGCUUCUUAUUUCUUUCUGGGGGUCUUGAUGCAAGAGCCCCCAUCUGGACAUACCAGCCAUAACUCGGGCUGCUUCCCCCACUCCUGAGCAAGAGCACUCAAGACAUGCAGUCAGCUGCCUUUCCACUUUCCUUUUUGAAGGACGGCUGUGACCCUGCUUUGGGAAACUAUGUGGAUGAUGUUACCGUCCGGGAAGAGCCCAGGAGAAAGAAGAGAGAGCUGCUGGCUCUCCUGGUCCAGGCAGGGGCUACUACCACCAAUAUCCUCUGCUGGUAUCCUCUCUGGUGGCUAGGGGUGGGCAGAGAAGGGAGAGGAGAUGGUGUCCAGCUGUCAGAGGCAGCAUCGGCCCUGGACCCACCUGUAGCAGGGAAGGUACGAAGGUGGCAUGCACAGAGCAUGGGAGUAGACGGAGGCAGGAGACCUGGUUUUGAAUCUCUACUCCGACUUUUGCUAGGUGUGUGACAUUAGGCAAGUCACUUAGCUUACUCCUGGGCCGCAGUCACUUCUAUAAAAGGCAAAGGUUAAACUCAAUGGCCUCUAACACCUCAUAUCUCAGGAUCCCACCAGGGCUGACCUUGCCCUAACAGUUUCCUCCAGGAGAGCCAAAUGGGGACUGAGAAAGUCAUUCUCCCCACUGCCCUGCAGGUGGUGCCAGUGGACUAGCUAGAAAUGGAAGGGACUUGAGACCAACCUUUUCUGAGAUCAUGCAACCCUAUGAGUAAAAGGUUUCUGAGCAUA